AUGACUCCUGCUCUGAGCCGCCUGUGGGCGGUCAGCGCGUUCGUUCUUUUAAUACCAGUGGCAAUCCCAAUGGUGGUGAUAGAUAAAAAUCAUUUUGAUAUUGAUCCACUAAGUGUUACAACUGAUGUGUUGACAGAAACGACGACAGAAAUAAACUUGUACUCACUCCCAGACAACACAACCAUAGCCGCACCGAUACAUCUAACGCUAGACGAGAGGAUAGAGCUAGAAAAGCUCACUUGGCACUGGUAUCCUUGGCGUAGGAUAAACUACGAACUGAAACCCGAUGGCAAGAAGGUUGAAUUGUUCUGCGACGGUGGAUCUUCGUUGGACGACUUGCCGGAUGAUAUUUUUACACAGGAGCAACGAUUGCAGGGUGCAAUCGUGCUGCAUUUCGUCGGGUCGAUUUACUUCUUCACCAUGGUGGCGUACAUAUGCAGCGAGUACUUCCUGCCCUCGGUGGAAUGUAUUUGUGAGGAUCUGAAUCUGACACAGGAUGUCGCAGCAGCUACCUUUAUGGCCGUCGCAUCGACCAUGCCCGAGUUUUUCACCAACACCAUCAGCACCUUUAUCGCGGAUUCGGACAUGGGACUCGGUACCGUCAUGGGUUCGCUGCUCUUUAACACGCUCGGUGUGGCAGGACUUGCCGGUUUGGCUACGAAAGCGCCCGUCCAGCUGGACUGGUGGCCGCUGACUCGUGACUCGAUCGUGUUCUCUGCCCACGUUGCGCUGCUGAUCGGGUUCGCCUGGGACGGACGAAUCUACUGGUACGAAGCGAUGGUGUUCUUCAUACUGUUCUUCUUCUACUUUUUGCUGAUGUUCCAAAACAAGCGGCUGAUGCGGGUGGCGAAGAAGUACAUCGAGGUGAAGUGGAACCUUUGUGCUCGAGUUAUUCGCAACAUCGAGGAAGACGAACGGAUCGCAGCUGAAGCGCAGGCACAGCAAGAGAUCGCCACCAUUCCGAACCUCGCUCGGAAAACGUUGGAUAAGCCUGCUUUCCGUCCUUCGACGGCAUCCAUCUUGUCCGAGCAGAUGGCCGAAACGAAAAUGCGCAUGGGAGAACUGCAGAUUCCCACACGCCACGUGGUGGACGACCCGGGAGAGUACGAGGACAUGACCCUGUGGAAGGUAUCCACCGAAACAUGGUACCGAACCGUGUGGUGGUGGUACAGCUGGCCACUUCGAUUCGUCACUCACUUCACGAUUCCAUCACCCGCCACGAGACGCCGUUGGUAUCCUUUGGCGUUUAUCAUGUGCGUCGCCUACUUAGCCGGUUGUGCCUUCAUGAUCUUCUGGCUACUCUCCAUCAUCGGGUACACGUUUGACAUCCCGGAGUCGGUGAUGGGUUUGACGUUUCUCGCAUUUGGUGGCUGCAUGCCGGAAGCCGUCUCGGCGGUGCUGGUCAUCCGGUCUGGUAGUGGUGCCAUGGGCGUAUCGAACGCGAUGGGCGCUAACUCGCUGGCCAUUUUGUUUUCACUUGGUCUACCCUGGUUCAUUCGCACGUUGGCCGACGGGGGCAGUGGAGAGAAUACGUACCUCGUGAUCUCGUCGUAUGGGCUGCAGUACUCAAUCAUCGUGCUUCUCGGUGCAAUUGCUUGGCUGUACAUAGUGAUCUACGUGGCGAUAUACAAGCUAAGAAAGCGCGUCGGGGUGAUUUUGUUCUUCGGGUACGGUUUGGCCGUCACCUUCAUGAUUCUGAACGAACUGGACAUUAUCAUUCCCUCUGGUGAAGAAUGCUAG